AUGGUUGAUGCUGAUAUACACUCUUACUUGUGUGAUCAGCCUUAUGUGACUUUCCUGCCACAGUACUUCUCCUACCUGCAUGCAAAUGGCAUGACACAUUAUAAAAUCUUUAUGCCAUGGAUACACAUCCUUCCAGAGGGGAAUUUCAGGACUCCAAAUGAGACUAAAGUGCAAUGCUAUAGACAACUUCUGAUGGCUUUUACUGCUGCAAGCAUUAAGCCAGUGGUCAUUCUGCAUCACAAGAAUUUACCUGGUGUCAUCAUCACCCGGUCCAUGGUGAAGACUAGCACCUUUGUGGACCUCUUCGUGGAAUAUGCUGAGUUUAAUUUCCGUUCUUUUGGCGACUUGGUUGACAUGUGGCUGACCUUCAGUCACCUACCUGAGGUCCUUCAGAGCUUGCCUUAUGACGACCCCUCAUCCUCUCUCCAGGCUCUAGUUGCUGCUCAUGAAAGAACUUAUACUCUCUACCAUGAAAAAUACUCUUCAACAGGUGGAAAACUCUCAAUUGCGUUAGAAAUUAAUCAUCAUUUUGAGACGGUACCGUUGGAAUCUCUCUCCGCCUCUUUUAGGGUGAUGUAUUUUGCAAUUCUUUUCUAUUAA